AUGAGUUUGGGAGGAGGUCACAGCACAGAGGGAUCAAAUGCAGGAGGAAUAUUUGUACAAUUCAACCAGGACUGCACGUCGUUGGUGGCGGGCAGCAGCAGCGGCUACCACCUGUUCGCGCUCACUCCCGACGAUGGCGUGGAGGAGAUCUACGCGAGCCGCUCGGGGCUCGACACGUGCUUCGUGGACCGACUGUUCAGCAGCUCGCUGGUGGCCGUCGUCACAGUGUCCGCCCCCAGGAAGUUAAUAGUAUGUCACUACAAGAAAGGCACCGAGAUAUGUAACUACAGCUACAGCAACACCAUACUCGCCGUCAAGCUGAACAGAUCCAGGCUGAUCGUGUGCCUGGAGGAGUCGCUGCACAUCCACAACAUCCGCGACAUGAAGAUCCUCCACACGAUCCGCGACACGCCCCCCAACCCCCGCGGACUGUGCGCGCUGUCCCCUUGUGUGGAGAGGUGCCUGGUGGCGUACCCCGGCUCGAGCGCGGUGGGCGAGGUGCAGAUCUUCGACGCCGUCCACCUGAACGCCAAGUGCGUGAUCGGAGCCCACGACAGUCCGCUGGCCGCGCUGGCCUGGUCCAUGUGCGGGAAGAGGCUCGCCACCGCCUCCGAGCGAGGGACGGUGAUCCGCGUGUUCGCGGUGCCCGAGCGCACGCGCCUGUACGAGUUCCGGCGCGGCGUGAAGCGCUGCGUGUCCAUCGCGUGCCUGGCGUUCAGCGCGUGCGGGGCCUACCUGGCGGCCACCUCCAACACGGAGACGGUGCACGUGUUCCGGCUGCGGGAGGGCGCGCCGCCGCCGCCCGCCGAGGACGCGGCCGCGCAGCCCGACGGCUGGAUGGACUGGCUGUCACAGGCGGUGUCGCGCGGCGUCACCUACCUGCCGCCGCAGUUCACGGACGUGUUGACCCAGGGCCGGGCGUUCGCCGCGGCGCGCCUCCCUCGGGCCGCGCGUCACGCCGUGGCCGCCGUCACGAGCUCGGCCCGCGCGCUGCGGCUGGUGGUGGCCACGGCGGACGGGGACGUGUACGUGUUCGGGCUGGACGCGGCCGAGGGCGGCGAGUGUCCGCUGCUCCGCACGCACCGCCUGCUGGACCGCGCGCCCUCCCUCCCUGAAGCCCCGGCCGGCUGCAGGUACGCGGGCGCGCUACGGGGACGACUCCCGGACCACAUGACAGACUCGGAGCGCGCCCUGGAGCUGGGCUCGGCGCUGGCCGGCUCUCCUCCGCGCGGCUCGUUCGACCUCCGCGACCACAAACACUUCCCGCCGAUGAGAGCCCCGGCCGGCGACGCGCCGCCCCCCGCCGACAACUGA